AUGUCUACUGAUACCGGACGCAUUUAUACUGGAUCAUGGGUCAACCACGCCAAAGGUUCAAUCACUGGAGCGACUCUGACCCUUUCUAGUUCACAGGGAGCCUUUUUGGUAGCUUUUCUCGGUGUUUUCAUAACAUUGGUCGGAUCGCAAUUCUGGGUUCUUGUCAGUUUUGCUCUUCAUCAGCUGAAUUGCACCAAGACAUACGACGGCCUUCAAAAGCAGCAUCAAGUUAUCCUGAGAAAUAGCGGCACCUCUGCCGGCGCUGCAUAUGAAUUGCUCCGUCUCCCUUUCUACUGGUGGCGACGAGAAGACCAGACACAGCGAAUAGAAGAUGCCCGGCUGUGGCCCUUCCUGCGACGCUCAUGGGUUUUGUCACUCUUUCCGCUGCUGUCUUUCGCCUUGUUUGCUGGAGCUGGAGUGCUUUCAUCUCAAGUGACCAAGGCAGCGGGUGAUGAGUUGCUUGUCUCGGGAUCUAACUGCGGACAGUGGAAUUUCAAUCCGCAAGCGCCAAUGAGCUCAUACGUGGAAAAGUCUCAGAACGAAAGUCAAAUUGCAUACAACUAUGCUCGCGAAUGCUACGGCGGCUCAGUAAGCUCCACCACCUGUAAUACCUACAUGCAUCAACAACUCAAGUGGUCUGAGGAUCGGAAUGCCAACUGCCCAUUCGAAAGCGGAAUGUGCCUGCUAGGCGACACGGCAGCCCUGAAGCUCGACACAGGCUACAUCGAUUCUCACACAGUGUUGGGCAUCAACAGCCCAAAAAGAGAUCGUAUCGAUUAUCGAAGGGUCACGACUUGUGCGCCAUUGAAUACUUCUGGCAGGAUACAGCCGAAUAAAAUCAGUGGCACCAGUAUUAUCUACUAUGACUACGAUUUCGGGCCCACGAGUAGUAGCAACGUCACAUGGACGUAUUUUGAGGUUUUCUCCAGCCUAGGAGGUCUUUUGUACUCGCUCGAUCAAUGGGCCAACGAAGCUGGUGUGGCCAAUCAGUCUUGGUUUCCGGACCCUGGCCUGGCUCAGGCAGACGCAGACAUCACGCUCUUCGCCAUGUCAGCCAACAACGUUGCGUAUAUCGAUCCUGUGACAGAUCCUUUCUUUCAAGCAACACACCAAGUCCAGGUACAAACGUCUACGGGCACGCAAUUAUACUACAAAGCGAACGACUAUGACGAAUUCGUUCACUUUGCCUCUUGUGUCGACCAGCAUCAGCUUUGCGACCCUAAUAUUAAGCCUCCCAAAUGUACAGCUCUUCACGGGUGGAUGACUCUACAAGCUGCUAUAUUGAACUUUGCAUGGACCACGCCUCGUCAGCUGGCUACUGCUUUACGUAUUCAGCAAGUCUUGCAGUAUUCGUCCAUGUUUUACACCACAUCUGGCCGAGGGGGAUUAGUUUUGCGUGCUUCGGAGAAGGUUUCCCAAAUCAUCAGCGCAGGUCUCCCAAGCAAUCAGUGGAUGAUCGAGAUGUCAGAUCUAUUUGCGAUGGCACUUGCUCGACUCCAGCACGGCAUUGUAGAGUACGCUACUGGCCCUACUGAUAUUACGGAGGGCAUGAUCGUGCAAGGCCCCUCAGACUCGGAAGGUCAGGCUCUCUGCUCUGCGCAGAUGGUCCGAAACACGGGCUUGUACUCGAAUUUCUCGAUCCUCGGCCUGAGCCUCAUUGUGGGAAUUGGAACGGUCAUCAUAAUUGCCAGCAUAUUCGUUGAAUCCAUUGUCGACGUCUUUCGGCGCCGUCGGCGUUAUUCAACGGUCAACAACUCUGUUGACAAGAGCCAACAAUGGGUUCUAGAUGGCAAAUUCCAGCUCAUGCGGCUGGCAUAUGAAGGCAUUGGUGUGGGGACAUGGGUUCGGACAGGGGAACAUGUUCCAGUGGUGAAAGAAGGAGGACAAAAGAUAUUCAGUGCAUUUGAGAAGUCGGGAGGUGCGUGA